GCCUACACCAAAUCCAUAACCAAUACAUCAUAUCGAUUUAAGAAUCAUUUACAUAAUAAUGUUUACAUCAAAUAUGACAGAUGCACUUUUCAUUGGGGCUGAACUAAGCACCUGCAAUCAGAGCUUACUAAUGAGAUCGAGAAGAACGAAUGACGUAUACUACUUAUACUAAGCGGCUAGCUUCAGUUGAUCUCUGAGCGACAUAAUGGAUGUGCUUUUGGUUGAAGCUUUCUCUGGAGCUAUUGAGCAAAUCAAGAGUUUUAACUUUGCCAAGACGUUGGUGUUGAUUGGUUCAUCAUGUGAUGAGGGAAAAGAGAAGAUCUUAAGCUGUUCUCAGCUUGGUGAAGGCAGAGACCUGUCAGAAGAGGCCAUCAUUAUUAACUCAUUCCUUCCUGCAGGAGUGAAAGUAUGUGGUUUAUUUCUUCCACAAUCAUCCGCUACUCCUCUUUCUAGUUAUGUGAUGGAAAUGAUCACCGGAGAAAUUGCUAAGAAACUCUUUCCAUCUGGUAGAGUAGUGCUCUUGUUCACCAAUGAAGAGGAUGAGAGGCUUGAGGAGAAGGCAGAGUUGUAUGAGCUUGAGACUGGUCAACGCAGGUCAUGUGAUCUAAGUAUUGUAUCGGAUUCUAUCAGCUGGGAGCAGAGUGUAUUGAUCUUCAGAAUUAGAUCUGAAGUCAGUAUGAAAUGUGCAUACAAGGAUAAAUCAGAGUUGCCAAAUGUAUUCCUGCUACAGUAUAACUUCCUCAAAAACCAGCUCCAAUCCCCCACAACCCUCUACCACAUCCAGCAAACAAGUAUCCUUAUUGGAAGUCAACCCAACACAUCAUCAUCAUCAUCAUCAUCAUCAUCAUCAUCAUCCAGUAACAAUGCCACAGUCACUGGACCACUGUCUCCUAGCAACCGUAUCCAAGAUGUUCUGCAGCACCUCCAAGAUGAAGAAGAGGAUGAUGGGUUUGGAGUGGCUGGUGGAAAGAAGAAGAAGAAAACUAAACUAGACGGUCAGGUCCUUGAUGUGAAGAUACUGUUCAAGACUGGCUCUGGACUCACUGCAGAAGAAGAUAACCACAUUCCUGUUGUUCUAUACAAUGAUCAUAAAAGUGAGAUGCAUCAUCUGGCUAUGAAUCUACCCCUGGAUGUAGUUGUCAUGGCGUCCGCAUCAUCCCCCGUCUCUCAUCUAGCUUCUCUCUUCAUUGAAGGAGUGUGUAGACAGCUGCGUGCUAUGGAGAUAUGUAUUGCUAGACACUUUGAAAAACAUAACAUAUGCAAGCCUGAAGCGCACCAUUUCAAACCCAUGGGACUGCAACAUUUACUGACUGUUAUCUAUCCUUCAGGAGUCAGCGAUCAAGACUUGGAAACCACAAGGCAGUCACUUCAUCAGCAAUUCAUCCUCCCUCAAGAUAGGCCACUCUUGAGAAGGCUCAAUACAUACAUGUUUCCGGAAGAGAAGAAACAGCAAGUCUAUCUCACGAAUACACACGUUGGUCUACCGCCCUCUGGAGUGCCAGAAGGAAAGCAGUCGAUAGUCCAAGGGAACUACACGUAUCAUCAUUACAUGCAGGACAGGUUUAAUGAUGAUCAAUGGGGAUGUGCUUAUAGGUCAUUACAGACUCUAUGUUCAUGGUUCAAGCUUCAGGGUUAUAUGGACUUCUCCAUUCCAAGUCAUAAGGAGAUUCAGCAAGCACUCGUCGAUGUAGGUGACAAGCAAGCUAAGUUUGUUGGUUCCAGGCAAUGGAUUGGAUCAAUUGAAGUUAGCACUGUCUUAAAUCAACUCCUAGAGGUUACAUCUAAGAUAAUAUUUGUUCCUAAUGGUGAGGAGCUUGCAAUGAAAGGAAGGGAAUUAGCAGCUCACUUCCAGGUUCAAGGCACCCCUGUAAUGAUUGGAGGCGGAGUUUAUGCUCACACCAUUCUAGGCGUGGAUUUCAAUGAGAAGACUGGUGAACUCAAGUUUCUUAUUCUAGAUCCUCAUUAUACAGGAGGUGAAGAUAUCAAGACUAUUCAAGAUAAGGGAUGGUGCGGAUGGAAGGGAGUUGAUUUCUGGGACAAGACGGCAUACUACAACCUAUGCCUACCACAAAGGCCUAUUGAACUGUGAUAUCAUCUUAUACAAGCUACAAGACAGCCUACUGCAACCCAUGUCUACCACAAAGGUCUAUUGAAAUGUGAUAUCAUCUUAUACAAGCUACAAGACAGCCUACUACAAUCUUUGCCUACCACAAAGGCCUAUUGAACCGUGAUAUUAUCUUAUACAAGCUACAAGAGAGCCUACUACAACCUAUGCCUACCACAAAGGCCUAUUGAACUGUGAUAUCAUCUUAUACAAGCUACAAGACAACCUACUACAACCUAUGCCUACCACAAAGGUCUUUUGAACUGUGAUAUUAUCUUAUACAAGCUACAAGACGACCUACUACAGCCUAUGCCUACCACAAAGGUCUAUCGAACUGUGAUAUCAUCUUAUACAAGCUACAAGACAGCCUACUACAAUCUUUGCCUACCACAAAGGCCUAUUGAACCGUGAUAUUAUCUUAUACAAGCUACAAGAGAGCCUACUACAACCUAUGCCUACCACAAAGGCCUAUUGAACUGUGAUAUCAUCUUAUACAAGCUACAAGACAACCUACUACAACCUAUGCCUACCACAAAGGUCUUUUGAACUGUGAUAUUAUCUUAUACAAGCUACAAGACGGCCUACUACAGCCUAUGCCUACCACAAAGGUCUAUCGAACUGUGAUAUCAUCUUAUACGAGCUACAAGACGACCUACUACAGCCUAUGCCUACCACAAAGGUCUAUCGAACUGUGAUAUCAUCUUAUACGAGCUACAAGACGACCUACUACAGCCUAUGCCUACCACAAAGGUCUAUCGAACUGUGAUAUCAUCUUAUACGAGCUACAAGACAGCCUACUACAACCUAUGCCUACCACAAAGGUCUAUUGAACUGUGAUAUCAUUGUAUACAAGCUACAAGACAGCCUACUACAACCUAUGUCUACCACAAUUAAGGCCCAUUUAACUGUGAUAUCAUCUUAUACAAGCUACAAGACGGCCUACUACAACCUAUGCCUACCACAAAGGCCUAUUGAAUUGUGAUAUCAUCUUAUACAAGCUACAAGACAACCUACUACAACGGCUCAACCUAUGGUUACCACAUACAGUUAGGCUUAUUAAACCAUAUUACUGAUUUAUGUAACCUAUUAAUUUCCAUAUUUCAUUUCCCCAUAGAUUCAUGUGUACAGUAAACUAAUAAAAAUAUCCUCUCACCAAUCUAUCUCUAAAACACCAAUCAUCCAAAACCAAAUCAGUUUUGAAUUUUAUUGGAAUAUUUUUUGCACGGUAUAACUUUAUUUCAAGCAAUUUUAUUAUUCAGACAUAGAACUGAUCAUUAAUAGCAUUUACAUGUAUACCCCUUGCUGUACAAGGGCUUUUGGGUUUUGAUUUGAGAUUUUAUCACAAUGGGAUAAAUUUCAUACACUACUCUUCUUAUACAUGUAUUUGCAACAAAAUGAUUUAAAAAAAGUAAGUUGAAAGUUCAUAUCCCUUUUAAUGAUACUAUGUUUAUAAUACUUUCUGUCAUGCAUACAAAUUGUAGGAUAUGAAUAGAUUUAUUUCUAUAGUUCUAGUAUUUGUAUAUUCAGUUCCUCAUGUUUGUAUAAAAAGUCAAACCAGAAUACAUGUUUUACAUGACAUGCUACUUUGUAAUGUUUCUUAGGUAUUUGUAAUGCUUGGUUUAUGAUUUAAACAAAGAUAUGGAUUAAUUUCCACAUUUAUACGCCUGAUUGACCAACAUAGGAUCAAACCCAAAUGUUUGGAAACCAGCACAGCUAAAUAUUUGAAACCUUUAUUGUUGUGUCAUUGUUGUGAAAUUUUACUUUAACAGGACAAAAUAGUUAUCUUUAGUUUAUUUUGACCAUGAAAUGGACCAAAUCAAGUAAACUGACAACGCAAAUCAUGUGCAAUAUUCCUUUUGGAUUGGCUGAAUACAUGUACAUGUCAUUUUUUAUUGGGUCUCCAUGAAAAGAAGGAAAUACAUUUCUCUCCUGAUGUACAUUUACAAGCAAACUUAGUUGCAGUCAUUAGUGGAGAUAUAUUAUUGUAUCGGCCAAUCUUCAUUUAUAGUUUACAAUAAGAUGUGGAAAUAUUCUGAGAGAUGCAUCUACUUUUAAUUUGCAGGAAAAAAAAGAAAUCUUAUUAUGAUACCCUUUUGAUAUGAUGUACUCACUCAGUGUGUGCAGAUGUAAAUUGAAAAGUAAAUUCUAAAAUUAUUUAUGCGGCAUGUAAUAUCAUAUAUUCAUAGAUUUUAUUGAAGCUUACAAUGUUUAUAAGCCUAGUUGCAAUAGUUCUUAAUAAUUUGGUAAUUGUAUAUUUUACCUAAAGUGUCAUUCAUUUACAUCAUUACUUUGUAGGAAACUAUUUUUCUUUGACAUUUCUGCUAAUAUUUAGGAUAAUGUUACUAGCUAGUGUACACUUCCACACCAUUUUUCUAUGGUAAAUGUGUAAGAAAUGUGCAGUUAGUUUUUCUUCUUCUAUACAUUAGUGAUAUACCUUACAUCAUCUGAGCAGCAGCAAACCAAUUUGAUUGGUCUAUUUGAGGCUGUCCAUACACGGAUUGCUGGUGUGAUCAGCUGUCAACAAUUAUAUGUUGAGACCUGACUAUUGUUUUCAAUUGCACAAUAUAUACAACAAAAAUAAUAAUAAUAGUGAGUUCUUGUAUAGCGUUCAUUUCUGCCAAACUUGACACUCCUGGCGCUCCACAAUUAUUACCUGGCUUUAGAUGGCUGUCAUUAUGGUGCUCUGGCAUUUCAAGGAAUUGAUUCCUGCCAGGUACCUACUAACCUCAAUGGGUCGAGUGUGGCAAAUUUAGAUUAAUGUCUUGCCUAAGGACAUAAGUGCUACAGUAGGACUCGAACCUCAAAAACCUGUGAUCCACAGUCCAGUGAUGUAUCCACUAGAUCAAGACCCUCCACAUAAAAAAA